CCUUGUCCUCCAGCAGCAUCUGGAGGAAAGGCUGAAGAUUGAUGACACCAGUGCAGACUGCCUGCUGCCCUACUCUGUCCUAAGUGCUUUAGAAGCUUGGGGUCCCCUGGGCUCUUCCGGGCAGCCCUGCGGGGAAUCUGCCCCUGACAUUUGUGAAGAACCUGAGGCUGAGAGCCAGGGAGGACCCUGCCCGAGGCCAAGGCAGCAGCAGAGCCCUGGCCUGCACCCAGGUCACAUGCUUUCGGCUGCUGGCUGCCCCCUGUCACCUCCACUCCAGAGGGGCUGCCCCGACCACCUGGCCGUCUCCUCUUGGGGCCAGUCGUGGGGAAGGCACGGUCCCUGGCACCCUGGGGACUAAAGCCUGGGCUUUGGCACCUGCACCUUCUUUCCAGAUUUCCCCGAAAACGCCAUCAGAGAGGGGCAGUGACUUGUCCAGAGCCCCACAGUGAGUUGGUGGCAGAGGUGAGGCAGAAACACGGUGCAGCUAAAGGGUGACCCCUCCCAGACAGGUCCCCCACACGAGGCCGGGCCUGCCCUUCUAAGCUGUGUGACCUGGGCCCCUGGCUCUGCCCCUCUGAACCUCUGAGGCCUCCUCGGCACAGUGGAACGGGCGCCGGCCUGGGCUGAGGAGGCACCAGCAGCCUCGGGGGCCAGCACAGGACCGUCGCCUGCACGAAGCCCUUCUCAGCAGGGAGGUGGCAUCCAUCUCUCCUGCCAUAGCCAUGGCUGCCCCCUGCCCUGACUUGAGUCUAGUUAUUUGGACACUCCUCUGUCUCUCCCACCCCUCCCCACAUGCUCACACUGGCCCGAGAGCCCCCUGGGGCAGGGGCGUUUUAUUGGUCACAUUUAUUACCCAUAGAGGAACGGGCCAGGGGCUGAACGGAGAGCUUAGAGCGUGCUUCAAGACAGGUGUUUGGGGGCCGGGGGGCAGGAGGAGCCAGACACGCUCGGUGGAUGGGACUGUCUCCUACCUCUUGGAGUCUCAAGGUCCCUCACCUGUGACGGAGCUGUGGACAGUUCCCACCUCAGACCCAGAAGGAGUUAGGAAGGCAACAACAUAAGCAAAGCCCCAGGACAGCAGGGGCCCGGAGACAGCUCCUCACCGGGAGAGGCUGAGUGUUCUCCAGUACGUGACACACCCACUCCCCCGAAACAGUGAGGUUGCAACCACAUCCUGCCUGGUCAUCAGCUGCCCCCACCCCCAGCGCCUGGCAUCCUGCCCUGGCAGCCUCGUCCUGACUCUCCAGGGGCAGGCUGUUGCACAUUCUUGGGCCCUCCGUCCUGGCCCCUCCUACCUUCCGGCCCCCAGUCUUUGGGCGCCUGCCUGGAUGUGGCCAGGAAGGGAGGGAGGAGUGUCGGGGUGUCUUUCAGCUGGGGGCCGGCUGCGUGAUUCAGCAGGCCCUCCCCUGGACAGCUGCUUGCCCAGGAGUGUGGGUGGUGUGAGGGGCCAGCUGGUCAUUAGAGGGCCCGGGCCUUCCUGUGGGGCAGGCUCUCACCCUGGCCUGUGAGUCCCGGCCUCACCAGGAGGGCUGACCCCUGGGCUGGAGCCGCCGGCUCAGGGCAGGUGGUGGUGGUGUCUGCUGGCCUUGCGGUGACCUGAGCUCUGGGAACCCCGCGGGGGCAGGGAAGCUGAACUCCUGGACUCUAUCUCUUGGCCCUGCCCUGCGUGGGGCCUUGGGCAGGUGGACGGCGAGGCUGUGCAGUGGUGAGGAUCUGAGUGGGGAGGUGGAGGGACAGGCCUGAGUUGGAUCUCGGCUCUGGCCCUGAGUAGUAGAGUGACGUUGGGCAGGUGACUCUCCCCUGAGCCUCAGUCAUCCCAUCUGUGAAAUGGGACCAAAGAUAGACCCUGCAUCUGGAUGUCAAAGGGACCCCACGAGGAGGAUUCCACGGUUGAACCAUGAUUCCGGUGACAGAGCUCCGCUACUUUGCGGACACACAGCCAGCGUACCGGAUCCUGAAGCCGUGGUGGGACGUGUUCACCGACUACAUCUCCAUCGUCAUGCUGAUGAUCGCGGUUUUUGGCGGCACGCUGCAGGUCACCCAGGACAAGAUGAUCUGCCUGCCGUGUAAGUGGGUCACCAAGGACUCCUGCAACGACUCAUUCCGGGGCUGGGUGGCCCCCGGCCCAGAGCCCCGCUACCCCAACUCCACCGUCUUGCCCACCCCCGACACUGGCCCCACGGGCAUCAAGUAUGACCUGGACCGGCACCAGUACAACUAUGUGGACGCGGUGUGCUACGAGAACCGCCUGCACUGGUUCGCCAAGUACUUCCCCUACCUGGUGCUUCUGCACACACUCAUCUUCCUGGCCUGCAGCAACUUCUGGUUCAAGUUCCCUCGCACCAGCUCGAAGCUGGAGCAUUUUGUGUCCAUCCUGCUCAAGUGCUUCGACUCGCCCUGGACCACGCGAGCCCUGUCGGAGACGGUGGUGGAGGAGAGCGACCCCAAGCCGGCCUUCAGCAAGAUGAACGGCUCCAUGGACAAGAAGGCGUCGACGGUCAGCGAGGACGUGGAGGCCACCGUGCCCAUGCUGCAGCGAACCAAGUCUCGGAUCGAGCAGGGCAUCGUGGACCGCUCGGAGACGGGCGUGCUGGACAAGAAGGAGGGGGAGCAGGCCAAGGCGCUGUUCGAGAAGGUGAAGAAGUUCCGGACCCACGUGGAGGAGGGGGACGUCGUGUACCGUCUGUACAUGCGGCAGACCGUCAUCAAGGUGGUCAAGUUCGUCCUCAUCAUUUGCUACACCGUGUGCUACGUGCACGCCAUCAAGUUCGACGUGGACUGCACCGUGGACAUCGAGGGCCUGACGGGCUACCGCACGUACCGCUGCGCCCACCCGCUGGCCACGCUCUUCAAGAUCCUGGCGUCCUUCUACAUCAGCCUGGUCAUCUUCUACGGCCUCAUCUGCGUGUACACCCUCUGGUGGAUGCUCCGGCGCUCCCUCAAGAAGUACUCGUUCGAGUCCAUCCGCGAGGAGAGCAGCUACAGCGACAUCCCCGAUGUCAAGAACGACUUCGCCUUCAUGCUGCACCUCAUCGACCAGUACGACCCGCUCUACUCCAAGCGCUUUGCCGUCUUCCUGUCGGAGGUGAGUGAGAACAAGCUGCGGCAGCUGAACCUCAACAACGAGUGGACGCUGGACAAACUGCGGCAGCGGCUCACCAAGAACGCGCAGGACAAGCUGGAGCUGCACCUGUUCAUGCUCAGCGGCAUCCCCGACACCGUGUUCGACCUGGUGGAGCUGGAGGUGCUGAAGCUGGAGCUGAUCCCCGACGUGACCAUCCCGCCCAGCAUCGCGCAGCUCACGGGCCUCAAGGAGCUGUGGCUGUACCACACGGCCGCCAAGAUCGAGGCGCCCGCCCUGGCCUUCCUGCGCGAGAACCUGCGGGCGCUGCACAUCAAGUUCACGGACAUCAAGGAGAUCCCGCUGUGGAUCUACAGCCUGAAGACGCUGGAGGAGCUGCAUCUGACAGGCAACCUGAGCGCGGAGAACAACCGCUACAUCGUCAUCGACGGGCUGCGCGAGCUCAAGCGGCUCAAGGUGUUGCGGCUCAAGAGCAACCUGAGCAAGCUGCCGCAGGUGGUCACGGACGUGGGCGUGCACCUGCAGAAGCUGUCCAUCAACAACGAGGGCACCAAGCUCAUCGUCCUCAACAGCCUCAAGAAGAUGGCCAACCUGACGGAGCUGGAGCUGAUCCGCUGCGACCUGGAGCGGAUCCCGCACUCCAUCUUCAGCCUCCACAACCUGCAGGAGAUCGACCUCAAGGACAACAACCUCAAGACCAUCGAGGAGAUCAUCAGCUUCCAGCACCUGCACCGCCUCACCUGCCUUAAGCUGUGGUACAACCACAUCGCCUACAUCCCCAUCCAGAUCGGCAACCUCACCAACCUCGAGCGCCUCUACCUGAACCGCAACAAGAUCGAGAAGAUCCCCACGCAGCUCUUCUACUGCCGCAAGCUGCGCUACCUGGACCUCAGCCACAACAACCUGACCUUCCUCCCCGCUGACAUCGGCCUCCUACAGAACCUGCAGAACCUGGCCGUCACGGCCAACCGGGUGAGUGGCUCGUGGCGGGGGUGCUCCUGGGUGUGGAGUCUUCAGCUGUGGUUCCCAGGACCCCCUGGGAGGAGCUGGUUGAAAAUACAGAUCCCCAGGCCCCGGACCAGACCUGCUGAAUCAGAAUCUGUGGGCUUGGGAGGCCGUCUCUGCCGCAGAACGUGGCAGAGUUCACCUGCCAGGAGGGAUGGUGUGGUCAGGCGGGGCCUGUCCCCGAGGUGGCCUUGGGCGGGUUCCUCGAAGGCAGUGAUGUGCACGGGCAGGAGGUCCACGGCCUGCCCUGCUCUCUCAGAGCUCGGUCGUCGGAGGUGGGACUUGGCCUGGAGCUUGCAGUGUCUUUCUCAGCUUGUCCUGGACCAGAUUUGGAGCCCAGGAUGGGCCCACCAGGGACAGAAACUUUGUGGGUGACUGGCACAACUCCCACCGCCACUCACACCCUCCGCCCUCUGUGUUUCGAGGGUGGCAGAGGGCAGAGUUGAGCUUAGCUGGGGCUGGUUUGUUACCACUUGCCUUUCUGGAGUGGAAAUUGUGCGAACCGUUGUGGGCCCGUGGUACUGGAGGCCACGCCCGGGAGACGAUCGAGACCUCUGGCGGCUCCCGUGCACCAGCCCCUUGCCUGUCUGGACAAGCCACCCACCCAAGGGCCCCUCCGCGGAAGCAGGCAGGUGAGGGUUGAGGGCAAGUGGUCCUGUGGCCUUGUGGCCUGGCCUCUGCCGUGGAAACAAAGCCACAGCUGCUGGGGGGACCUCUCCCUGCCCUGCCCACCCCUUCUGGGGCCCUAGAGGGAGGUUGAUAUUGGAAAGAACGUCUUCCCGGUUUGUUCCUACUCCGAGUGGAAACCCUCUUGCAGUGAAGAGGGUGGUAUCAGGGUGGACACUCUCGCAGCGAGGCUAGGGGUUAUGGAAGCCCGUGGCCGGGGGCUGGGAUGCUGAGGGAGAGCCAAUCCAGCCAGCACCUCUGCGCCCCUGUUGCCGGCAGCAGCAUGAAGCCGCCCCGUGGGCUUAUGGAGCUCCUGCUCUGUGUCCACCCUGCGCUGGGCACCCUGCUCCCGGCACCCUGUGAGUCCUCCUGGCAGGAGCUCUCUGCAGCAGCCUGGAGGCAGGCAGCCCCUGAAACGUCCCGUUCUAGGAAAGGACAUGCCUUCUCCAACAUCACCCAGGUUGGAGGGUCCAGGCACCCCAGACCUCUGACCACCAGAACCCCUCCCGUCUUCCCUAAGCCUCUCUCCCUAUAAACCACGGAGAUUUUGACAAAUCCUUUCUCCCUCCCUCAAAUUAUACCUGUGUGCAUGUGUGAGAACGUACAGGGGUGAAGGUCAGAUCCCAGGCUGCUUCACUCUGGAGAAUCCGCCUCCAGGGCCUGGGACAGGCCCACUGGUCAGGAAAAUUGGCCUCCCGGGGAGAAGCCCCAUUUGGGGAGCAUAGGACAAACACACACCUCCUUUAGCAUGUUGAGGGGGACCAAGUGGCCCCCCCCCCCCGGAGCACAGUGCGGGGCCAGAUUGCCCCUGGAUUCGGGGCUGCCUUGGGCAUCCCAAGAACCCCUCGUGGUGCCCACUCUGUCCCGGGAGCUGUGUGGGCACCAGGUCUUGAUGGGCCUUCCCAGCCAGUGGAGGGUGGAGGGUACAAUUCCCGACCUGUCCCCACCCCCAGCUCCUCACCCCAGGCAUGGCUGCCAGGUCAUGCCUGUUGGCUGAGGUCAUCCCUCAGGAAGAGCUGGGGGCAGGCACGCUGUCGCUGUCCCUAGGAAGGAGACCCUCUGACACCCAGUUCAGCACAGUGCUUAAUCAUGUCCUGUCCCCGCCCACUGGAAUGCUAGAGGCCUUUGUAGGGAAAAAAGUUCGCUUGGGCCAGUCCUAGUCAGGCUCCUCCUUUUAGGCAGGAGCCCCCCUCCCUUCCUCCCUCUGGGCCUGGCGGUUCCUUGUGAGCCACCCCGGGCUAUGGGCUUCAUGUGAGUGGACAGGCAGGGGCGAGUGUGGCCCGGCUCAGGCCCUCGGCCUCUGUUUUCUUAGGUUUAAACUCAUGUUAGCGAACACCUCGAUAAGUGGGCGUCCACUUGUUUGGUUAUUCAUUGGUUCAUUGAUUUGGGGAAUGUUUUUUGAGCACUCCUAGUGUGGAGCAGGGAGCUGGGGACCUAGGAACAAACAAGCGGCUGCCCAUCCUGAGCUCACCUCUCUCAGGGAAAGACAGGCAACCAGCAUUUAGCACAGUGGAGGAGACUAGGCUGGGGCACAGCGGAGUGGCCUCAACCCGGACUUACCCCAGGGCAGGCGGGCCUCCUGGAGGAGGGCGCAUCUCAUCUGGCCCUGCAGGACAAGGAGUUAGCCAGGUGAAGAGGAAAGGGAGAGUCUAGGAGGCUCUGUCCACAGAGAGCUGAGAGCCCAGGGGGAGGAGCAGUGAGCUGAGCCCCUGGAAUUUGGACUUUCCCCUGAGGCCAGGGCUUGAGGAGCGUCCUGUCCUGCCCACUUGGUUUCAGAUAAUCUGUCUCACGUCCCUUCCCUCGACCCUCUGACAACAAGGACCUUGGCUCUUUCGUUCAGUGCCUGACGUGGAGCAAAAUGUUCACCGAAUUCCCAUUGACUGAGCGACGACGAAGGCAUUAGGCUGCCUUGGAAUUUAGAGAGCUCGCUCCUGCUGCAACUCGAGGGUAUUGGGGGUGGGGCAAGAUGAGAGGUCAAGAGUGGAUGGAAAGCCCGUGGGCAGCCAUCAGGCGGGGGCGAGGCCUGGACUGGCAAGGGCUGCCAGGGAUGGCGAGACGGACGGAUGUGGGGGAGACUUCGGGGGUGGAAUCCACAGGACAUGGGCGGGAUUGGAUGUGGGGAGAGAGAGGUCUGACGUGACUCGAGGUUUCUCACGUGGCUGCCUGGGUAGCUGGAGGGUCAUUGAGGCCAGGUGUGGGACAAGGCACAGGUUUUCAGAGAGGAGAGUGUAGGUCCCAUAUUGGGACAUCCAAGGAACCAGGUUGAGUCAGCCUGAAGCCCAAGGAGUCAUCCCCCUAGGCUCCUGGGUGAAGAUGGGUCCUCGAUGAGGUCACGGGGGAAAGGAUGGAGGGAAGGGGAGUCUGGCUCGAGCCUUUGGGAUUGACGGCGACGAGCCGGGCCAGGCAGGAGCGGGUGGGCACACAGCCCACGGGGGAGUCCGGUGAAAGGAGAACUGUUGCAUGUCCGGUGGAUGAGGAGUGACCGCUGCUGGCUCUGGCCAGGUAGUUUCCAGGGUGGGCAGCGGCAGAAGCCAGAUCACGGCGGGCCAAGGAGAGAGACGGCGUCUUUCCAAACGGUUUGUUGGGAAGCCUGGAGAGGCUCCUGGGAGGGUUGUCUCUUUUGCAAAGACCAGGUGGACUUGAGGGGGAGCCAGUGCCGACGGGGGAGCCGUUGAGGCCCCUGAGGAGGUGGGAGAGGGCGGGAUUGGGGUGAUGGGAAACGACUUCACACCUUCAGCGCACGAGCACACCUCACGAGGGACAGGAGUGGCCUGGGUGGGGCACUGAGCCACUGAAGGCACCUUCUUUUCUCUCCACGCGCCUGGAAAGAGCUCGCUGAUGGGCUGGGGGUGCUCCGGGGAGGGGACGUGUCAGGGGGAGGGCUCCGAUGUGAGCCCCAGCUCUGCCACCUGCUGGUCCAGCCUCCCACUCCCUGGCCACUGUCUGUGUCACCAGAGGAGGCCAGUGUUGGGUGCAGUGGGGUCUCUGGGAGGCUCUGGCCCGUCCGUCCUGCCGGAGCCCACUUCCCAUCUGCCCUCUCACCUUCAUGUCCCUGCUGACCUGGAAGCCACCUCUGCCCCAUACCUGACCACUGGGCCACGUUGAAGCCCCAGGUCAGGAGUCCCCUUUAAAACAGUCACAGUGUCCCUCAUGGCAUGGCCUCUGCCUUCUCAGCGGGAAAAUGGGGACGGUGACAGAGCAAGCUCCCCGUCACCCUCACAUGGGCUCGGGCCCAAGUCCCUUGGCUCCUGCCCUGCUGGAAGGGUCCCUCCUGCCCACCAUAUCUGAAGGAGGUGGUUGUAGGAAAAUAGGCUCAGUCAGAGCUCGUGUUUGUAGCUGAUUGCUCACAGGAGGGCGGGGAGGAAGCUGGCUUUUAUGGGGUUCUUCCCGUGUGGCAGGAGACAUGGCAGGUCCCCACCCAGGCUGCACCAUCAACAGCGUGGACAUUUAAGAGCACGGACUGUUGAGCCAGGUUCGAAUCUUGGCUCCACCACUCUCCAGCUGUGAACCUCUAGGCAGGCUGGCUCCUUCAGGGCCUCAGUUUUCCCAUCUGUAAAAUGGAAAGAGUGUUUACAAAGUACUUACAGUUAGUUCCGAGGGUUCAGUGAGUUAAUAGCAUCAGCGCUCAGAGCGAACCUGCCCUGUAGUAAGUGGCAUGUGGGUGUUGCCCAUUAUUCAAAUUUUGCAAAAUCAGUAGGAGGGGGCUCUGAAUGGCCAACACUGGGUUCCCCACACCCCCCAUCAGCCUGUGACUUGACAGGUAAGGAAACUGAGGCCCAGGAAGGGGAAGUGAUUGGUGAGCUCUCCCCAGUUCUCAGCAACAAUUAAGGGUGUGGAAUUUUCUCAGCAGGCUGCUCUGCUUUCAUAAAUUGCUCUUAAACCAGGCAGGACCAACAGCCUGGCUCCUGGUGAGCCCUGGGCGGUGGAGGACGGGGUGUGAUUGGGAGUAGCUGGCUACUGUGAUUUGCUUCUGGGGUGCUAGGCGCUGGGAGACAGCGGGGAGCACAGCACACCCAGCCCUGCCCUCUCAGAGCCCCCUGUCUGGGGGCGACAGGAGAUCAAGCAGUUUGACCAUGGAAGGGAUCAGUGCUGUCCGGGGGACGUUGGGUGCCAUAGGUUACCAGGAGGUCAGGGAGGCUUCCUGGAGGAAGUGACUGCAGAGCUGAGACCUAAAGAACAGGGGAAAGUUAGCCAGACUUGGGCCCAAAUUGUGCCGGUCCCUGGGGUCUGGGGUAGCUGAAAUGGGCAUCAGAGAAGGUGCUGGUACCCAGGGCAGGGAAGCCCAGAGGCCCAGGUCCGAGGUGCGCCUGCCUCACUUCGCCCUCUGCUCCU